AUGAUGGACGCCAACAAACACUCCAUUCACAAACUAUUCCUCUUCAGUCCCAUCGAUGCCAAGGAUGACAUCGAGGAGAAAUACGAGAGAUGUUUACUCUUUGUCCAAAACCUCAUUAAUGGUAAAUCAGAAAAAGAAGGUCACGAAGAGCUCACUUCCACUGCAAUAAAGAGUACCACAAGUCAUGAAGACGUGUGCAUCGGACUCGUGGUCACAAUACUUACGGAUUCUUCCAGUGCUCAGAGGCACUACAGAGAUCUAACUUAUGUGACCAGAGAUGGUAUGACAUAUGUGUUAAAUGUGUUGAACCAAAUCGCUUGUGACAAGUAUCACAAACUUCACGACUCAUCUAGAAAUCAAUUAAUAUGGAUUCUAAAAGAAAUGAUCAAAACUUCUGUUACUGGAACCGAUGGGCUGGUGAUGAAUCUGUUGCGACAGAUAAUUGGCGGCGAUAUAUCACCGAAGAAUGUAUGGCUAAUUGAGACACUCCUGGAUAUACUGGUGGAGAGUAGGCAAUGGUUGGAACAAAUAUCCUUUUUGGUGGCUUCGGUGGUCUACACAUAUCUGCGGCUAAUCGGCGACCACUCGAACUCUCUGUUAGUGAAACUGAAACAAAAAGAAGUGGACUUUUGUUCAUCACUUCUUAGGGAGAGAUUCGCCGAUUGUAUUCCAAUCGGAAGAGAUUUAGUAAGACUUCUGCAAAAUGUGGCCCGAAUUCCAGAGUUUGAGAAGAUUUGGAGGGAUUUGUUCUCUAAUCCGACGGUUUUUGCACCGAAUUUUGGCGGAAUUCAUCAGUUGAUGAAAAUCAGAACUUCGCGAAGAUUUUUUCAGUCCAGAUUAACCCCGGAUAUGGAGCGCAAGAUUGUCUUCCUCACGUCUCAGGUGAAGUUCGGCCAACAAAAGCGAUAUCAGGAUUGGUUUCAACGGCAAUACCUGUCGACCCCCGAGAGCCAAACGCUG